CCGGGAGGGCCGAACCCGGAAGCGCACGUCGCUCGGGUCUGGCCCGGGCGCUGUUGGCGGAGGUCUGCGGCCGCGGUCCCGCAUGGCGGCGCACAGGCGGCACGUGUUUGUUGAGAAGGUGCUGCAGAGACUUUUUCCUAACGUUCCAAGUGGCCAAGAAAAGAAGGAACCCCGGACGCUGGCCAUCCAAACACCGCCCAAGAAAGUGACCUCUGAGAAGGCGACACAGAAGCCUGUUCAGCCUUUGACAGCAGACGCUGGCUCUGAGACCCCUACUACCAGGCGGCUCUACACGGCCCCAGGGCCUCCCGAGGGCUACGUCUCCUCCUGGCCAGAGCCCAGCAGCUGCAGGAGCCCCGAGAAGGUCUCCAGCGGGGAUGACACGGAAGAUCAGGAUCCUCAUGACCAACCAAAGAGAAGAAGAAUUAGGAAGCAUAAAUCAAGAAAAAAUUUUAAAAAUCCCAAUAAUGUUCUUGUAAAACAAGCAGAAUUAGAGAAACAGCAGCAUCUUUUACAGGAGAAAUCUCAGCGACAGUACACAGAUGGCCCCACAAUAAGCAAAAAUAAAAAAAGGAAACUGAAAAAGAAACAGCAAAUUAAAAGGAAGAAAGCAGCCGGCUUGGUAACAAAGGCUGCUGGUAUCAAUUUCAUGUAUCAGCCGGAGGAGAACAGCAGUGAAGGGGCAGAUGUGGGAGAGGCUAGUGAGGAGGGAGGUGCAGACGCCAGUGAGGAAGACCUGAUGCUGGCCAAGGAGGAAGACGUUAAAGACACCAGGGAGGAGGUGGGUGCGGACACUGGGGAGGAGGAAGACGGUGCAGAGGACAGCGAGGAAGCCCCCACACCGGCUGGGGAGGAAGAGGGUCUGGAUGCUGGGGAGGAGGAUGGUCCAGAGACCAGGGAGGAAGCCCCCACACUGGCUGGGGAGGAAGAGGGUGCAGACACCAGCGAGGAAGCCCCGACACCGGCUGGGGUGGAAGACGUUCAAGACACCGAGGAGGAUGGUGUAGACGCCAUUGAGGAAGAUGAUGAAAUUACCAAUGAAAAGGCAGAUAGCAUUCUAAAUUUUUUGAAGUCGACACAAAAAAUGUAUUUCUAUGAUGGUGUCUCCAGAGAUGCAGCUUCAGCCGUCCUUGCGGGUGCUGCCGAGGAGCUGCUGGGGUGUCUUGCGUCACACACCAUGCCGCCCUCAGACGUGUCCGUCCUGCACCACAUGAAAACGCUGCUGCUUCUGCAAGAUACGGAGAGCCUGAAGCGUGCCCUGGCAGCGUUCCCAGAACAUUGCCUGAUGCCUCCUGACCAUGCCAGAGUAAUCUCAGCUUUCUUCAGUUACUGGAUCACACAUAUCCUUCCUGAGAAGAGCAGUGAGUGAAAUGGAAUAUCUCUUUAAGAAGAGCUCAUCUUUAACAAAAAAAAACCAUAAAAGACAAAUGUGAAAUGGGCUGAGAGUGAGUUCUCUGGGAACUUGGAAGAUGUUUCUGCCACAUUAUUUAUUCAUGUGUUUGUUCCUGAUGGGUGAGACGCCAUCUGAGGCUUCAGAUGACAAAUUGGGGUAAAAUGGAAAUUUUUCACUUAUUUGCAGUUAUAUAUGUCUUGAAUUACUACAUAAAACUUGAUUCCGUUUUUCUAAUUAUUAUAAAAGUUGAAAAUGGACAUUCUGUUAAGUUAGACUGUGUAGUUUGAAGCUCAUAUACUUUUAUAAGUUUUGAAUCACCUUGUAUCUGAAACUGUCUGUUUUAAGAAUGUUUUCUGGGUAUUAAAAGGUUCUAGUUUAAGUA